CCUCAGACGCGGAGAGGACAUAGAGGGAGACUCUGUAAGCCGACAUGAGCAUGAGGAUGAAGCCUUUUCUGUGGAGCCUCCUGUACUGUGCUGCGCUGCUGCUGUCUGAUGUCGUGCAGGCCACAUACCACCUGGGGUUGGGGGAUCCUCAGCUGAUAGCCGCACAAAGUUAUGCUCAGAGCAGACAUAAUGGUCGUCCACCGCUUAGGACCCUGGAUCCAGCAAAGACAGACUCUGAGUGCAGGAGCCGUCCCCUGGACCUGGUCUUCAUCAUUGACAGUUCCCGGAGCGUACGUCCUGCUGAGUUUGAGAAGGUCAAAAUAUUCCUGGCUGACAUGGUUGACACACUCGACGUGGGAUCGGAUGCCACCAGAGUGGCUGUGGUUAACUAUGCCAGCACGGUCAAGAUCGAGUUCCUGCUCAAAGACCAUUUCAACAAACUGGACUUGAAGAAAGCCAUCUCCCGCAUUGAGCCCUUGGCAGCCGGCACCAUGACCGGCCUCGCCAUCAAGACAGCAGUGAAUGAUGCCUUCACCGAGCAGUCUGGAGCCCGGCCUCGCUCAAGGAAAAUCUCCAAGGUGGCCAUCAUUGUUACCGACGGAAGACCUCAAGACCAGGUUGAAGAAGUGUCUGCUGCAGCCCGGGCUUCAGGCAUAGAGAUCUACGCAGUGGGUGUGGAUCGUGCAGACAUGCGUUCUUUGCAGCUGAUGGCCAGCAUACCUCUGGAGGACCAUGUCUUCUAUGUUGAGACCUACGGCGUUAUUGAGAAGCUCACCUCCAAGUUCAGGGAGACGCUGUGUGGUGUGGACCCCUGUGCCAUGGGACAUGACUGCGAACACAUUUGUGUCAACAGCAACGCCUCCUAUUACUGCAAGUGCCGGAAUGGUUAUAUCUUGAAUGUGGACAAGAAAACAUGUUCCCUGAAACAGGUGAAGGUGGAGGUGGUGGAGGACCCCUGUAAAUGUGAGGCCAGACUGGCGUUCCAGAAGCAGACACAGGCGGCCAUCCAGCAGCUCACAACCAAGCUAGCCAACAUCGCUGGGAGAAUAGAGCAUCUGGAGAACAUGUUGGGCCGUGCUUAAAUCUUUGCUCAGUGAAGCCGCAGACGUCUACAGACUCUUCUGUCAUGGACGUGUUUCCUGCCAUCCCUGGUCCAAAACAACAUUACAGAGUUCAGCCAUAAAGAGAAGCUGGGAUUCACAGCUCAGCUAUUGAGCAACAGCAUCUGUAGUUUUACUAUUAUACAAUAUUAUAAACUAUUAUGAUUAAUACAGCUUUACAAACAAUAAUUGAAUAUUGUGAUUUUU